AUGGUGCCAGUUCCAGAAGACCUCCCAGAGAUGGAAUACAGAUACCUAGGCCCAUCUGGUCUCCAGGUAUCUGCCAUCUCCCUUGGUGGUUGGCUCACAUAUGGUGGCCAUGUUGAAAAAGAAAACACAUUUGCAUGCAUGAAAGCUGCCUAUGAUGUUGGAGUCAACUUCUUUGAUUGUGCUGAAGGUUAUGCUGGAGGGGAGUCUGAAAGGGUAAUGGGUGAGGCCAUCAAAAGAUUUGGAUGGAAAAGAAAUGAUCUUGUUAUCUCGACAAAAAUUUACUGGGGUCAAGCCAAUGGCGAGAAACUUGUCAAUAACAUCGGUCUCUCCCGCAAACGUAUCAUCGAAGGCACUCACCUCGCUCUCGAACGUCUCCAAUUGGAAUAUGUAGACCUCAUCUAUGCUCACCGACCGGACCGCGCUUGUCCUAUGGAAGAGACCGUCCGGGCAUUCAACCACCUCAUCAACACCGGCAAAGCAUUCUACUGGGGAACAUCCGAAUGGACCGCCGCCGAGAUCGCCUCCGCCCACGCCGUCGCCCAACGCCUCAACCUCAUCGCCCCCAUAAUGGAACAACCACAAUACAACCUCCUCGCCCGCCAAAAAUUUGGUCUCGGUUUAACCACCUUUUCCCCUCUCAAAUUCGGAUUCCUUACCGGAAAAUACAACACCGGUAUCCCCUCCGAUUCCCGUCUCGGAACAUCCAAAGACGCCUUCGCCGACCGCAUGAGAGCUAAAUCCGGGGACGAUUCCUGGAAAGAAGAUGUUGCCGCCGUCGAAAAACUCAUGCCUAUUGCGGAGAAACUCAAUAUUAGCAUGGCUAAUUUGGCUAUGAGUUGGGUGUUGAAGAAUGAGAGAGUUAGUAGUGCGAUUGCCGGGGCAAGUAAGCCGGAACAGGUAUUCGAGAGUGUGAGGGCGUUGAAGAUUAGAGAGAAAUUGACCCCAGAGAUUAUGAAAGAGAUUGAUGAUGUUUUAGGUAAUAAACCGGAGCCAUUGGCUAAGAGAUAUGUUUAG